AUGGAUUCUUCCCGGAGCCUUGAGCACGUGCUCUCCAUGCAAGGCGGCGAGGAUGACGUAAGCUACGCCAAAAACAGCUACGGUCCGGCCGCAGCGUUAGCCUCGAGCAAACCACUGCUGACGUCAGCCAUCCACUCCAUAAAGCUCACCAAAGGAUGCUCCUCUCAUCUAAAGAUAGCCGAUCUAGGCUGCGGGGUCGGAGACAACACGUUUUCGACGGUGGACACGGUAGUUGAGGUGUUACGGCGGAAGCUAGCCGUGAUUGACGGUGGAGCCGAGCCAGAGUUGGAGUUAGAGGUCUUCUUCUCCGACUUGCCUUCGAACGACUUCAACACGUUGUUUCAAUCGUUGAAAGAGAAAGUUAACGGCUCGAGCCAGAAGUACUUCGCGGCUGGCGUUCCCGGCUCGUUCUAUAGGAGGCUGUUUCCGAAAAGAGAGCUCCAUGUUGUUGUGACCAUGAGCGCCUUACAAUGGCUCUCUCAGAUACCGGAAAAAGUGAUGGAGAAAGGAUCGAAGACAUGGAACAAGGGAAGGGUGUGGAUUCAAGGAGCAGAGAAAGAAGUUGUGGAGGCAUACGCGGGGCAAUCAGACAAGGACUUAGACGAGUUCUUGAAAUGUCGGAAAGAAGAAAUUGUGGAAGGAGGAGUGUUGUUUAUGUUGAUGGGUGGUCGACCUUCUGGCUUAGUGAGCCAAGUCGGUGAUCAUGACUCCCGUCUCAAGCUCCUUUUCACAACUUUCAUGGAUCAAGCUUGGCAAGAUCUAGUAGAUGAGGGUUUAAUAGAAGAGGAGAUAAGAGAUGGUUUCAACAUUCCGAUCUACCUGAGAAACACAGAGGAGAUAGCGGCUGCGAUUGACCGUUGUGGUGGUUUCAAGAUUGAGAAAAUGGAGGUAUUGAAAAUACAUGACCCCAUGAAUGCUAAGAAGCAAGAGUUGAUGAAAGAUCCGCAAUCUUACGGUCUAGCCAUGGCUAACUUGGCUCAAGGCGGUCUAAAGCCAAUGGUUGAGGCUUAUCUUGGUCCUGACCUGACCCGCAAGCUCUUCAAACGGUAUGCAACUCGAGCUGCUGCUAACAAAGACUUUCUCAAGAAUAAAUUUUUUUAUUAUAUGAUCGCUGUGUCAGCGAUUCGGGUUUAA